CCAGGCACCGUGGUGGUGAUGGUGGUGUAACCUUCUGCGGAAAGGCCGUUCCUGGACUUCUACGGCGCGGUGCUGGCGGCAAUGGCGCAGCACGACGCCGAGACGAUGGCUUUCUACCAGGCCCACGUGGAGGACCUGGAGGCGGUGUACAUGGAGCGCUACCCCGACGCCCACGGCGAGAUGCGCGUCCUGUGGGAGGCGCUGGACCGGCACGCCUCGGGCGAGGAGCAGCGUGCCGCGCUGUCGUGGCCUCGGGUCUUCCUAGCCCAGCUGCACAUGCAGAUCACGAACAUCGGGCCCCGGCUCGGAGAGUGCACCAGCGUAGUGGCGCAACUCCCGACGGGCAUGCUCCACGCGCGCAACUGGGACUUCGGCCCCGAGCCUGGGGCACUCGGCACCGCCUCCGUCAGCGUGGACUUCCACUCCUCGGGCACGGGUAACUUCACGUGCCUGCUGGCCCUGACGCACAUCGCGAAGUGGACGACGUGCGUGAAGCCCAGGGCUUUCUCCAUGUCCCUGAACGCGCGGGGCUUCGGAGACGGGCACGAGCGAGGCCGCACCGCGGCGGAGGAGCUACGGUUAUUGCGCCAGGGCCACCUGCCCAGGGUCGAGGUGCUCCGCCGGGUGAUGCGGGCGGAGAGCUUCGGCCAGGCGGUCGGGGUGGCGGCCGCCUCGAGGCCGCUCACCAGCAUGUACGUCAUCCUCGGGGCCGCCGACCCCCGCGAGGGCGGGGCCGUUGUCACGCUGGAGGGCAACGGCAGCAGCGCGGACGUCAUGCCCAUGCCAGGCCCGGCGGAGGCGGACGGCUGGUUCCUCGUGCAGACAAACGCGGACCAUUGGGUACCCAUGUCCCAGGGGGCGUAUUCGUCGCACCGGCGCGAGCACGUGCGCGGGCUGAUGCGGGCCCUGGGGCCGAGCGCGACGCCGGAGCAGGUCCUCGGUGUGCUCCAGGACGCCACGGAGUACCCGGCGGGCAACGCCGGCCCCGACGACGGCGCGGUCUUCCGCAACAGCACCAUCGCGAGCGUGCUGAUGUCCCCGGGCUCGGGCGGGGCAUGCGCUGCGAGCUACCGCCCCCUCGUGUGGAGGGCGCUGCCCGGGCCUGGGCCCGCCCCGGGGCCGCAGCCUCCCCAGACCCCCGACGUCAUGAGCUUUUCAUGACGUCGACCCCCCGCAGUCUGGAC